GGUUCGCCGCGUCCCUGGAUACCACCGACGCGCUCUGCUUGGCACUGAUCAGAAGUGGUUGUGGCUGAACGGUGGGGGACAAACAGACACUUUAGCCGUUCUGCUUCCACUAAAUGCCGAAUGAUGGUGGUGGCGGUGGUGUUGAUGAAACGAAAUGGAGCAGAGCAGGGUGUAUUAAUUGUGCGCCAUGAAUGACAGGUACCACAAGGCGGCCCGGGACGGCUACCUGGACCUGCUGAAGGAGGCGACUCGGAAGGAUCUCAACGCUCCGGACGAGGAUGGCAUGACACCGACGUUAUGGGCCGCUUAUCACGGCAACCUGGAGGCUCUGCGGCUGAUCGUGGGGAGGGGAGGGAACCCAGACAAGUGUGACAUAUGGGGGAAUACGCCACUCCACCUGGCAGCUGCCAAUGGUCACCUCAACUGUCUUUUCUUCCUGGUGUCUUUCGGUGCCAAUAUAUGGUGCCUGGACAAUGACUACCACACACCAUUGGACAUGGCGGCCACAAAGAAUCACAUGGAUUGCGUCCGCUACCUGGAUUCCAUUGCUGUCAAGCAGGCAGGCCUCAAUCCCAAACUGGUCAGCAAGCUGAAGGACCGGGCAUUUCGUGAUGCUGAGCGAAGAAUUAAAGAGUGUUUGAAGAUGCAGAAGAAGCACCACAAACGUAUGGAGCGAAAGUUCCAUAAGGAGGCCUCGGAGGCUUCUGCGUCAGAUGUCAUGAGCUUUUCCAGUUACACCAGCAGCUCUCUUAGCCACAAGCUACGCAACUUCAACACAGCCACCAUCAGUGUGCCAUAUUCUCAGGUGACUCUCCAUGCCACAAACCGAGGGAAGACAAGGAUCCAGAGAAAGCUGGAGAAGAGGAAACAAGGGGAUGGUACCUUUAAAAUCUAUGAAGAUGGAAGGAAGAGUGUGCGCUCCCUCUCAGGACUUCAGCUGGGUAAUGAUGUUAUGUUUGUCAAACAAGGGACUUACAUCAACCCAAAGGACCGUGGACGGCGCAAUGUUCGUGACAUGUUCCCUAGAGAUAAUGACGAUGCCAUUUCACGUGCCAUGAGUGAGCCAGACCUCCACGGGCCAGAUGUAGACUAUUCUGAGAUCAGCACAGACUCUGGACAUGAUUCCCUGUUCAACCGACCCGGUCUCGGCACCAUGGUCUUCAGGAGGAACUAUGUAAGCGGGGGAAUGUUUGACCUUGGCAGUCGAGAUACAGCCAACGUGGACCGGUCGAGCAACAAUGUGCGUUUACGCAGUCGGCUGCAGCAGUAUCCAAGUAUGGAUGAAGACAGCAUUGGCAGUGCACGCAGCCUGCAAGAGAGGAACGUGGAGGAGCUGCCUUGGGAAGAGGUUGAGUUAGGGCUGGACGAUGAUGACGAGCCUGACACAAGCCCUUUGGAGGUCUUCCUUGCCACGCAGAGCAUGAGCGAGUUUUUCUCCAUCUUCAAAAGGGAGAAGAUCGACCUUGCAGCACUGUUGCUUUGCUCUGAUCAUGACCUUAAGAGUAUCCAUAUCCCCUUAGGACCGAGAAAAAAGAUCUUAGAUGCCUGUAAGAGACGGCUAGAAACGAUAGAGGAUCCUGACUGCAUCGAGGACUCAGAAUUAUAAUCAAAGUUGUUGGCCAUCAUGCUGUGUGCUCUUCCAACCGUAAAGGUCUGUGGAGUGAAUGUCACAUACGGGCAGGAAGGAUUUCAUGAUCGACCUCUCCUGGUAACUCAAAGCAGAAGGGAUACUGUCAUGACAUAUAUAUCAUGCAAGAAGAGAAAAGUGUCUUACAAAUUAACAGGAUUGUUUUACAAUGUUGUUUUUGUUCGGGAGGAUCCUUAAAAAUAUCUGUCUAUGUUGGUUGUUCAGAGUUCACUGCACUGCAUGGUUUCACAAACUGAAAGAUGAUUAUCAGAGUGUAGCACUGUGCAGUGUCAUUGUAUGCCAUGUGGCAUCAUUAUUAACAGAAAGUUGAUUGUGGGGGUUUCUGGCCCCUGAAAAGUGUUUUCCCCUGUGGGGUUAAUCUUAUAUCCUCAUGUGCCUGCAUUGCUUGUGCCUGUGCAUUUGCUUAAAAGUGUUGUCAUAAAUCCCUUGAUGUUAGCAGCAUUUUAAGCAACAUUUUAACCUGGAAUUAUAUUUCAUCUCUGUAUAUGUUUACAUACAGUAAGCCAAGUGUGGCUCACUGGUAAAGAAAGCCAAUUGCUCAUUAAGAUGAUUAUACUAUUUUAUUGUAGUGUUGUAAAGUAAUACACAGUAUUUUGAAAAAAUAUAUAAUACACAAUACAACAUGUUUCAUCAUAAUAAGAUUACAUGAGGAGAUGUACUAACUUUUGUAUACCACUCAUGUUAGUCUUGACAAUAUGACAGUUUUCCAACAGUUCAUACCUUACUUUUUUUAAAUGAUAUAUGUCUGCACAAAGUUAAACAUAUGUUAAUGCUACUAUCUCAACAUAUUUAAUACCUUUGGUGGAUUGUAAUGUAAAUAAAAACACUAAUCAAUGCUGUUAA